AAACAAGGCAACCCAAGAAGGAGGAGGAGGAGAAGGAGGAGGAGGAAGAGGAGGAAGAAGAAGAAGAGGAGGAGAAUGUUUUAUGGCCUGCCUAUAAAAAAUGAAGGCGCUGUUUCACCUGUUACCACUAGAGGUCAUUAAAGAUUUUUUUUUUAUCUCCAGCUGGCCUAAAGAUUGAGUCAAUAAGGGGGUUCCCAACCACUGGGAUGGGGACCAGUGGUUGGCCGUGGAUGAUCAUCAUUGGUACCAGUCUGUUAUAGUGAGAUUUUUUUUUUUUAAACUAUAAUGUUUAUAUAUGAUUCCCUCUGCAGCUCACACACAUCCAUCCAUACUGUUAUUUUUUUGUCUUUCACGAUCAUUUUUUUUUUUUUUUUACAUGACAAACAUUUCCCCCUCCAUCUCUGUCUUCUUUAGAAGAACUGACUUUGAGGAAUCCUCUUCUCUCACCCCGGCACAGGUCCAAACUGCCUCACUCGGCCUCACCCGUGUCAUAAAUAACCCAACAAAGCAGCGUGUGCCGGCGCCUUGAUCUACGCAUGUUGAAACCACAGCGGCCGGAAGUCGGAGUUCCCGACCGAAUAUUUACUUCCAUUCGACCGACCGUCACGAACGCACUGUGACAAACGGACGUCGAACAGCUGAUACGACGGACUCUGAGCGACAGUUGAACGUUUACAACAAUGUGACAGAGGAUUUUAGUAGAAGUCAAACUCCUCAACAUCUCAACUCAACCAUUUACUGUCAGUUAUAGAACUCCAGGUCACUAGUUACUAGUUACUAGUUACUCUACUAGUCCACUGUAGUGUAUGUAACACUGUCAGGGUCUUAGAAAUUCCCCUGAGGGGGAAAAAACAGAAAAUCACCUUUUAAUCCAGAGUUUUUUUGACUGUGUGAAAGGUUUUUUUUUCAGAUUAGUCACAGGAAGUUUCUACUGACCUACUUAUUUUUUGUUAUACUUUUUGUUAGCUUAGGUGUCUCCUUGGUGACCUAUUAUUUAUUCAUGGGCUGACGAUUGUUCUUGUUGAUUGUAAUGGUAUUGAUAAGAUAUUUUUGUGUUUUUUCCCUCUUCUUAGCUAACUAUGUUGUUAGCUAACUUUGUUGCUAGCUAUUGUGGCAUAUUUUUGGUAAACUAUUGAAAUCAUUUCAGGUCUUGAAUAAUUUUGCUACUUUUGAACUAAACUUUUACCUACCACAUAAUUUAGCUAGAAAAAAAAAAGAAUUUUUUUUUUACAGCAACUUAUCGUAUGCUACACGGGAACCUCGCUGAAUAUUUCAAAAUGAAAAUUUUUAAGUAAUUUCACAGUCAUUUUAAAUGUAACCUUCGGUCAGUGACUAUAGGAGACGUAACAAAACUUGUAAUUAUUUCCAUAAUCUUCUGUAUUCGCUCAUCAUCAGACCUACGCUGACCUGGUUUCCUCUAUAAGGUUGGCUCUGCUGUGAUUGGACGUCAUUUUGAUCCCGACCAAUGAGCUUGAACCUGCCCUGGGCUGAUCCCCUCCCUAACACCUGUUGGUGCACCACUUAGUGCACGACUGUUUAUGCCACAAGCUCCAUCAGAUAAGACCUUCAGAAUGUGAGGCUGUUUUUUAUCAGCGGUUCUCGAGAAGAACAAUCAGAUAAAAAGGUUUCAUCUGCAGGAGGAAGCUCCGCUGCUGCCACCGUCCUGCACCGGCGUCUCCACCCUCGCUGCUAAUCUCCCUCUAAUCUCUGCAGGAUGUCUGUCAGAACUUUACCGCUGGUUUUUAUUAAUCUGGGUGGAGAGAUGCUUUACAUACUGGACCAACGUCUGCGGACGCACGACACCGCUGACGACAGCUCAGAGAGAGGGGUUUGGUCAGAAAAUGACAGAAAAAGAGUGAUCAGUGACAUCGUGGCCACCAUGUUCAGUUCAGCCUUCAUGGAUGAAGUGGUCAAACCUCAGCAGCUCUACUCACACAGGACAAUGAAAGCCGUGCUAACACGCUUAGCGCACGUCUCCAUCAUGAGGCUCAACCCGGGGAGCAUGGACAGGCUUUACGAGCUGAUGAUCAUGGCCUUCAAAUACCAAGUAUUUCUCUGUCCUCGGCCUAAAGACCUGCUGCUCAUCACGUACAACCACAUCGACACCAUCAGAGAGUUCAUCAAAGACACGCCGGCGGUCGUGAACCAGGUGGACGAGACACACAGGAAGAUCAUGGAGGUUUACUCGUCCACAUCAGAGGCUGAAUUCCAGCUCCUCAGACAAACGCUGCUCGUUUUUUUCCAAGACAUGCGAGUCCGUGUGGCGUUUUUUCUCAAGGCCCGAGUCCAAAACCCUGACGGACGAUUCGUUCUUCCCACCUCAGGUCCAGUUCCUCAUGGAUCUGAGGUUCCGGGGAUGUUUAGAAUGUUUGACAGGAAAGGUCGCGAGGUGAAGAAAAGACACUUCUCCACAGGAGGGAGCUACAGCAGCUCCGUCAGACAGGGCUGUUUUCAGCUGCGAGGAGACAGAGUCAUCACUCUGGGCCUGAACAUGUACUCUGUCAACCACCUGGAGGAGACACUGACACAGAAGACGUCCUCUGUCCAGAAGAACCAGCCUCCGAACCUUUUGGCCAAAGAGGAGUUGAACCUUCUGUCCCGUCUGAUGGGCAGCAUGGAGCCAGAAAACCAGUCCAAGACAGAAACCAGGUUCCAGAUCAGUCUGUUUAACACGGAUGAAGAGGAGGAGCAGGCUGUUGAUUACAGUCCAGCUGAGGCUGAGUCGUUGUCUGGGAUAGUGAAAAUUCAAGCCACACAGGAUGAACAGGCUGCAACAGAACUGGCCCGGAUUGUGACUCAGUUCACAGAUGAACAGGAAGAACAUCCUGAAGUCAACAGCUGUAGUAAAGGAGACGACCUGCUGGCCAUGAUGGACGACCUUUGAACCCAAAUGAGACUCAUGUUUUAUUUACCCUUAGCU